AUGCUAAACGCCGGGGUUGCCACGCUCGUGGAUCAGCAGAAGCGCUCCGUGCUGGAGGCGCUGGAAGCGCAGAAGGUGCACAUUCGCGUACAGCAGCGUAAGGGGAAGAAAUUUGUCACAUCCGUGCAAGGACUCAACCAGGCGCUUAACUUCCGCCGCAUCAGCCGUGAAUUUCAGCGGCGCUGGGGUUGCAACGGCACUGUCAUCACAACACCGGAUGCGGGCACUGUUAUUCAGCUGCAGGGCAACUGGAGCGAGGAGAUUAAGCGGUUUCUUCUCGAUGAGAACAUGGCGACAGAGCAGAACUUAGAGAUUCACUCGCUGAACUAA